AAAUGGCCCGCUCCGCGUCCCUGCUGAUCGCAUGCGCUGUCGCCGCCGUCGCCGCUCUGUCGGUUGGCUCCGCCGUGCUGUCUUUUGUCGGCGCCUCGUCCCCGGCCCUGGCGGGCCUCCGGACCGGGCAGCGCGCCCCCGCCGUGGAGAUGCACUUCUUCAAUUUUGAGCCAGUGACGACCACGCCCCCGCCACCGCCCGUUGGCGACUUCGGCCUGGACCCCGCGAACAGCGGCACGUACAUUGUCAUCAUGACCAUCCUCUUCUUCGGCUCGGUGCUCGCGAACGGCAACGGCUUCUUCGGGCCGUGGUGA